GAAUAAAGGUACUAUGAGGAAAAAUAAUGUCAUUUUAGUAGCAUAGAGUUGAAAUAUUAAAGAAAAAAUGAUAUUUUUUUAAGUCGUAAUAUAAAAAUAUACAAAAUAAAGUUGUAAUUUUUGAAAAAUUAGGGGGUGGACUUGAAUAUGACAAUAGGGGUUAGGGUUGUACUUUAUUAAUCCCACAGCGGGGAAAUUCACUUGUUACAGCAGCAAGCAAGAUACGCAAGUAAAGAGUGCAGAAUAAGGUCAAAUAAAGUCAAAAUAUUGUGGGGAUAAGUCAUAAUACAAAAAAAAUUACAAGGGUUACUGAAGAAGAAAGUUGAAAUGUUUUGGGGGGGAAAACAACAACAAAAUGGCGGAAAACAUCGAAAAAUAAUAUGUUUUUUCACCUAUAUUAAAAAAUAUAUAUAAUUUCUUAGCAUACAACAAAAUAUCACAGUGGCCCUUGCGUCCUUUAGGUUUUCAGAAUGUGGCUCUCGCUGGAAAAAGUUAGGACACCCCUGCAGGGUUGCUACUUAAUGACCGUUAAUGCUGUUCUUUUUUUUUUUUUGACUGUGUUGCAUUGUGUUUUUUAUUAUUUGAUAUAGUAUGAAAGUUUAGACGUGACAUCAGUGCUGCUUGUAUUGGAUUUUCAACAGGUUAACUAAAGGAAAUACAAUUUGUCGUGUGUGCUGUAUGGAAUAUCCCAAGAUAUCAUCAGGUGAAAAAUGAUUGGCCAGUACAAGCCCAAACAUGUAUCUUAAAGAAGUGUAUCGAACAGUUUGCUGUCUAUCGAGGACGUGCCAACCGUCUCAUGUUGCAUACUGCCAUCCCGUAUCCCAUAAUCCUCUGUAGCCUCUACUCUCACCUCCCGAUCGGAUUAGAAGCUCCUGGGUCAGAGUUUUUAAUCUACACACACUCCCACCUGAUGGCCUACAUAUCCACUUCCUCCUUCCAGGUUGGACUAAUUGUGGACAGACGGGAGCUGAAUGAUAUAUCGACAACAACAAAAACAACAUCAUGUGUGUCGUGGCAAAAGGAUCCUCUUCAUUUUCUUUUGCCUAUCACCUCCUUCAAACAAGUCUUGAACUGUGGACUUCAUUUUUCUACCUUUCAGGCUAAAACCGCUGAGAAUAACAACCAGACAGAACCAAAUAAGCAAAAACACUACAACACCAUAUGGGGGAAGGGCUAAGCUGGCGCCAGGUCACGGUGAGGGAGCUUCAACCCCUCAGCUGAUUGGCCAGGCUACUGUUACACUCAAGUCCUCAAUGACGCUGAAACACAUAAAGUAGACGCUUAUAUAGUGGAACACAUGUAAGACUACGUUCACACUGCAGGUCAAUUCCAAUUUUUUUUGCUCAUAUGUGACCUGUAUGAUUUUUUUCACUAAUGUAGAGGGACGACUGUAAUUUCUUAUGCAAAAGCAUGAUAGAGUGAAGCCGCGGAAUCCGAAGCACAAAGUGGCAAGGGUCAACUGUAUGCUCCAAAGUCAGUGUAAGGAGGUGUCCUCAGUGGCAGUGCAGCUUUGAACACCAAACACAAACACCCACACAGGAAACAGAAGAAGAGAUCUUAUUAUGAUAAUGAUAAUUGUCCUUUCAAUGAAAUUGGCUAUCUUUCAAGGAGGUCCAACUUUGAAACGAGGGGAAAACCUGACAACAAAAUCUGCACGUGCACAUUUGGGCCGAAACGUACACCAAAUGUGAUACAGAAGCAAUUGAAAACCAAACAAAGCAAAGUACGUUCCAGGUGUUUAAGAGGACUUGUGGAGGACUCAGCACGAUAAUCCUGGAGUUCCCAUAACAGCCGUGAUUGACAGGAGCGAUUGUGAUGCAAAGUGAGCUGUGCUGAUAGCACGCCUCCUUUCACAUCCCGAAGUGCUCAUUCAGGCCAGCUGAAAGGAGCCGUCCAAUCCCGUCUGGGCCCCAAAGAAUUUGAUAACAGAGAACAUUCACGUCUUUGCACAAUGCGGUUUUUGUGCCAAAUAUCUCAGGAGGCGUCGACUUUCAAACAGAAAUUUCUGGAUUUGCUCAUUUAAAAUAAAAAAAACAAAACAAUUCCUCUCUAUGAGUCAAACACUAUUUACAGAGGGUUUCAAUGAUUAAAAUUACUGAGUCACUAAAUUGGGGGUGUGCAAAGUUUUUUAUUUUACUAUUAAACAAACAAUUCAAAACUUCAAUCAAAAACAUCAUAAAGUAACGACAAAAGGUUGAUUAUCACUAAUAAUACAGCAGAUCCUCGCUUUAUACUCCGGGUAGGCAAAAGAAGCAUUCUAACUGUGAAUGUAGUAUUCUACAUUGGCCACAAGGUGUCAGUAAUUGUUCAGUGAGACAAGCACCAGACAUGAUUGCCACAAUCGGCAUUUAUUGCAGGUUUAAAUGAUCUCAGGCACAAUAAUAAUAACAUAAUAAUCAUAAUAAUAACACGGGCUACAGUUGGGGCCAUACUCUGAACCUUCGACGUCACUUCCUGCCCUCCGCACAUCUGUCCGCCCGUCACUAGGUCCCCCAGGGCAGUUUUUUCCAACCUUUUUUGUCUUGUGUACCCCCACAGCCUUUUUGUAAUACAAUGAGUAUCCCCUCACUCAUACGUGCUGAUAAUUCUCCAAAAGUAGAAUACAUACUGAAUAUACUGAAUAAUAUAUAAGAAUAAUAUUAACAAUAAUGUUGCUUGUUAAGCCUUCAUAACACUGUAAGGAAGGAAAAAGUCGAAGCAAAAAGUUUAUUGACUACACUCUGUUCCAUUCAUUUGCGGCAGAGUCGGCAGUCCUAUUUUAACUCUAGGUUUAAUUUUGGGACAUUUAAAGUGUCUUAUGGGUUUCAAUCAAGCAUUAUUUACAGAGGAUGUAAAUGAACCUGCCUGUUCCCGCCCGCUUGCUGUGACGUCACCCAGACGGCAGCCGCGAGACGCCUCCAGCAGUAGGAUCCCGUUGGUCGCAGGCUCGUAGCGGCUUUUCUGUUUGCUCCCGCACUCUGGUGCUUGAAGUGAUUGUGUUUCAUUCAGCAUCAUAUUUUAUAUGUUUCUAUCGGCUCGAGGGGGAUGUGAGGCACCGUCAAGACGAGCGCAAGAAGCGGACGACGUGUGGAACGCCGGACAGAGAAAAAGUGGACGGGCUUCGAGCCAGCAAGUGAUGAAAACCAGCCAAUGACAAGAGGACCCGGUUUGGACCGACCAUGGCUGGCCAUCGAAUCAUCCGAGUGACAAGUAGCAAUCACCUCCUCCCUCGCUGCAAGUCAGAGGGGACUCUCGUCGAGCGAGGCGAGGGGGUGCCAACCAGCCUCGCUGAUGUCAUAGUGCCUUCUCCCAGUGCCUUAAGACUGGACAUGGCUGCCUCCUACGAGGGUACACGGGAAGUAGUCGCCAUCAGGGAUUAUUGCUCAAGCAGUUUGACCACGCUGACAUUUUCCAAAGGUGAUCGCCUCUUUGUGCUGGACACAUCAGGUGGCGAGUGGUGGUAUGCGCACAAUAACAGGGAGAUGGGCUACAUCCCUGCUGCCUAUGUCCAACUGCUCAACUGCAGGAAUUCUUCGCUUAGUGACUGCGGAAUGAUUGACAGACUUGGGGAGGAGGAGGGUCUGAAGGAGUUUGAGGGGUUCGGAGAGUGGAAACCCUCCCCAGCUGACAAUAACCUUGCCUUUUCUGUUCAUCCCUGGGAUCAGAAUUCCAAAGAACCAAGUGUAACAAACUCAUCUGAUCGUGUUAUUUUUGACACACUUGCAUGUCCAAACAGCUUCAACUCGGACACCAAUAACAUCAAGUUUAGUGGUUGUCCCAAACAAGAGGCUGUGCAACACCUACACAGGGAUGACGCCUUUUUCAGGAGUAAACGUUCCCAGAGUCUUUCCCAACUCUCUGUUUUACAUGAGCAAUCAAACUUGUCUUCUUGUUCCUUCAUGGGCCUAAAAGCACCUUUGCCAGAGCAGUUUCAGAGCCGAGAGGAUUUUAGAACUGCGUGGCUCAACCACAGAAAAUUGACCAGGUCUUGCCAUGACCUGGAAUCCUUAGGCCAGAGUCCCGGGUGGGGUCAGACUCAGCCGAUUGAGACAAGCAUUGUGUGUAGCCUGGACAGCAGCGGAGGUGUGGUUCAGCUCCCAGACACCCACAUCACCAUGCAUGUUCCUGAAGGUCAUGUCAGCCAGGGUGACCAUCAGCAGAUUUCCAUGAAAGCCUUAUUGGAUCCUCCCCGGGAGCUCAAUAGUGACCGUCGUUUCACUGUCAGCCCAGUGAUGGAGAUCAAGCUGAGCAACAUGGAGACUAAGUCUUUUGUCACCUUGGAAAUGAAAGUGUCAAUGACACUAAAGACAGGGAGCAGCCACUGCGCUGAGGUGCUCUGUGUUCGGAGCGACUGCAAAGACGGGCCUUACACACCCAUUUCCGAUUGUUACGUUUAUAAAGACAUGGUCCAAGUGCGUCUGGACUGUCCUGAGCCGUGCAUGUAUGUGGCGGUUGUAGUUCAGUCACUGUACAUCAGUCACAGCAUGAUCAUGUGGGACCACGUGCAGAGGAAGGUAACGCUUGGUGUUUAUGGACCCAAGCACAUCCAUCCUUCCUUCAAGACAGUUGUGGCGAUGUUUGGACACGACUGUGCCCCCAAGACUUUACUGGUGAGCGAGGUGCUUCGGCCGGCUUGCUCCACCCCUCCGGUCACCCUUCAGUUAUGGGGAAAGCAUCAAUUUGUACUGCGGUUCCCCCAGGACCUCCAGGUGGGGUUGUACCCUAAUAUAUCUAACUAUCAAGUGAAAGUGAGUGAGGGUGGGGGGAUGAUCCAGGGAUUCCAUCUUAAACUGGGCAAGGUCAGCCGGCUGGUCUAUAUAAUGUCAUCGCACGACCCCAACAGCAUCUCAGACUUCACACUCAGGGUCCAAAUUAAGGACAUGUUGGAUUGCAUCCUCACUCAGUUCUGUAUCCAAACUCCGCAGCCAGCCCCCAAGUCUGAAGCGAGGAUGACAGGACAAAGGAGGUUCUUGAAAAAGAGUGAGGUGGACAAAAUCAUCCUGUCACCACUGGCUGUCACCUCCAAAUACCCCAAAUUUCAGGAUCGCUGCAUUACUAGCCUAAAAUUUGGCAAGUUAAUUAAAACGGUAAUUCGGCAGCACAAGAUCAACUAUCUGCUGGAGUACAAGAAGGGUGACAUGAUUGCGCUGCUCAGUGAAGAGAAGAUUAAGCUAAGAGGGCAACUGCGCACCAAAGAGUGGUACAUUGGAUACUAUCAAGGCAAGAUGGGGCUGGUCCACACCAAGAACGUUCUGAUUCUAGGUAAGGUCAAGCCCAUUUAUUGGUGUGGGCCAGACCUGACGACGACAACUCUGUUGGAGCAAAUCCUCAAACCUUGCAAGUUUCUUACGUAUAUCUAUGCCACGGUAAGGACAGUUCUCAUGGAGAACGUCGUGAACUGGAGGGCAUUCGCUGACGCGCUCGGCUAUGGGAACUUGCCUCUCAAUUACUUCUGCCGGACGGAGCUGGACAAUGAACCGGAGAAGGUGGCCUGCGUUCUAGAGAAACUCAAAGAGGAAUGUACCAGCGUUGAGAACAAGGAGAGGAAGUCAUUUCAGAGGGAGCUCAUGAUGGCUUUGCUCAAGAUGGACUGCCAGGGUCUGGUUGCCAGACUGGUUCUGGACUUUGUGCUGCUAACCACCGCAGUGGAGGUGGCGUCCCGCUGGAGGGAACUCGCUGAGAAACUGGCCCGGGUGUCCAGGCAGCAGAUGGAGGCUUACGAGGCGCCGCACCGCGACAAAAACGGCGUGUUGGACAACGAGUCCAUGUGGAAACCGGCCUACGACUUCCUACUGACUUGGGCUGCACACAUCGGGGACAGCUACCGUGAUGUUAUCCAGGAGCUCCACGUGGGCUUGGACAAGAUGAGGAACCCGAUCACAAAGAGGUGGAAGCACUUGACCGGCACGCUCAUCCUUGUCAACUGCCUCGACAUCCUCCGCAGCGCCGCCUUCUGUCCCACAGGCUAUGGUGACUUUGCUGUUUAAAGCAGGGUUUCCAGCACCCGUGGCGAGCCAGGUAUUUGCAGCCCUCAACCUGUGGACCUAUAGCGCUCUCUGGGUCUCUUCCACCAGUCCAGUAUCUCUACCUCUCGUUUAUACAUUCUAACUCACAUUGAGAGCUCAACUCUGUAGCACGACAACAACUGUGUGACACACGACCACGUCAGCUUUAUUGGUGAUUCUCCAAAAAUAAAAUAUGCCGCUGCUUUGCUUUCCUUAAGUGUUUGCUUUGAGCUUUGAGGGAACUCCCAAUCAGGAACCGCAGGAGGUCAUUGCUCAACAUGAUCAUAUCAUAUCAUAAAAGAAAUUACGCCGUAGCCAUCACACAGCCACAGGUAGAAAACACAUACACUGGGAAACUACUACUACUACUACUACCAGGGGCACCGUAAAGAGGGGGAAACAAUUCCAAGGGCCCCUGACUGACUGGGGCCCCAGUAAAUAGGUAAAAUCAUUUUGCGGUGUGGUUGUGAUUUUUAAAAAAUAUACAGUCAGAAAACAAUUAAAACUAUCUCUUGUAUUUGGUAGUAACAGUGAAAUAUCUACAUUGACCUAAAGUAAUCUUCCAUAUGGACUGAGCACCCCCCAUAGCUACAUGAAAUGGUUUAGUCCACUACUACCUUCACCUGCUUUGUAACUGCAGCUUGUUGCCUGUCAGUCUGCAGUUGCGGCAGAGCAGAGUGAAAGUAUGCUGCCAGCAGUGGCGGUUCUGGCUUGAAUGACGCCCUAGGCGGACCUACGCUGUGGCGCCAUUCUCUGUUUGGGCCAUCCAUGUCACGUGGUCGACGUUUGACGACGCCUGAGCAGCACUGUGGUGCGAGCAUCCCGCCUGUAGAGGGUGCGCAUCUGCCACACAUCCUGACGUGAUGCGGAAAUGAGUGCUGAGGCUCAUAGCAAAAAUAAAUAGGAUUUUCAUACAUUUUCAUAAACAUUUUGGACUUUUAAAAUGUAAUUAAAUUGCAGUGAAUUAAAAUGACAUUUAGACUGUAAAAGAUGCCCUUUAGCACAUUUGUUAUAUGUUCUCUGGCAUCAAAUAGUGAAUUGCAUACUAGAGUAUAUGCAGACUGUUACAUGGACAACUCACUAGCAGUAAAUAUUACACUAGUAGUAUCGAACAAUAAAAAGCAUUGGUGUGUGUGUGUGGGGGGGGGGGU